GUCAUGUGACAGGGGGCGUGGCAGAGGAAUCAGGAAACUCCUGCGCUGCAACAAGUCAGCAGAAAGCUCUUCAGCAUGGCGUACUAUGCUGGGAUUCCAGAGGAGCCUGAUGCCUUAGUUCAAACCAUCAGCUCCAACAUCCAGAAGCUCACACUGCUGAACUCCGAGCUGCAGAGGGCAGUAUCUCUGCUGGGAACAGAGCAGGACAGCAACCAGCUUACACACACACUGCAACAGAAACAGCAGCAGGGCAACCAACUAGCCAAAGAGACUGACCGACUGAUCAAGACAUUCUCUGCACUUCCUGUUGGCCCUGAUCAGCGGCAGAGAAAAAUACAGAAAGAGCGCCUGCUAAAUGACUUCUCGGCCGCUCUAAAUAACUUCCAAAAGACCCAGCGGCAGGCAGCUGACAAAGAGAGGGAGGUUGUGGCCAGAGUCAGAGCCAGCUCCAGGGUGUCGGGAGGCCAGCCUGACGAAAGCUUUGGAAAUGUGUCUCCAUUUGUAAAUGAGUCCCAGAUGCAGGCUCAGGCCGAGGCCAUCACCGAAGAAGACCUGAGACUGAUCCAAGAGAGGGAGUCGGCCAUCUUGCAGUUGGAGUCUGACAUCACGGAUAUCAAUGACAUCUUCAAGGACCUGGGGAUGAUGGUGCAUGAGCAGGGAGACAUGAUAGACAGUAUAGAAGCCAACGUGGAGAGUGCAGAUACGAACGUCCAGGGCGCCACCCAGCAGCUAGCACGAGCUGCUGACUACCAGAGGCGCUCACGGAAGAAGAUAUGCAUCCUGAUGAUCGUGCUGGCUGUAGUUGUUGUUGUCGUUGCAAUCAUCAUCUGGCAAGUGGCCAAAAAAUGAGUAUUGUUCCUGUCCUCCUCCGUCAUCAGCCUGGACAUGAGAUGAAGUGCCUUCAUUCCUCUCCUGUGCCUCCUCCUCCUCAAAUGGGGAAUCUUUUUUUUUUUUUUUAAACUGCCUGUCUGUCCUUGGAGGACACACUCCCCCACAAAACUAGCGCUGGUAGCUUUCUUGUUAUCUUCAGCUUUAACUGAACUGUUUGUGUGAUUUAACCUUGAUUUACUUUGACAGGAAAAUGUCGAUUUAUGUCCCGUGAAACACAGAGUAACUGUUUCUAUGCUGCCUUGACAAUGUUGAGAGUAUCUCUGUUGUGCUGAUAGUUAAAGUGUCCAGUGUUGACAAAGCUGCUGAACUGUCUUCAAAAUGCCACAUUUCUUUAGCUGCUUUUUUUUUUAUCAGGUUACAUUUUUAAAUUGAUAUUUGCUGUGAAUCAUGUACACUAAGUUUAUUCACUCAGCAGAAAAAAAUGUAACCAUAGUCCAAAAAAACAACUACAUUUUCAUGACAAUGCAGCUUUUUUAAUCUCAUAUCUAUUGUACAUAAAGUUAUAAUUAAGAUUAAUAGCUCAUUUCUGAUCAAAUGAAUGUCAUUGUUUUCUACUAUGCUCAAUGAAGUACUGCACAUAUUCAUUCUAAUUUCAUUGUCAUUCCACUAACAACCAAUCAUGAGCCCCAUAGAUAUUCAUUAGUCGGAUAAUGAAAAUGAGAGCAUGAGUCAGCGGUUUGUUUCCUUCAGACCGACUGUUUAAUAUCGGUGUAGCUCAGAGGAAUAAGUGAGUGUACAUCAUGUCUAAUCGUUUUUAUUAAAUCAAGUUAUUGAUCACACCACAGAUUACUACGCUUUUCUGUUUUUAAACCCCUGAAACACCACACGGCCGUGGUUGCAUCAGUCAGUCAUGGUCCCAAUGAGAGGGUCUAAUAAGACACUUGACAUGUACUCACACAUUAGUUUAAAUAUUGUAUGCAAAGACAACCACAGGAACAAGUUGCUAGCCGUUAAAACAAAGUAGAGGAAGUUACUACAAACUAACAUAUCACAACAGUUUGACCAAGAUGUAAAAUUAUGAUCUAUGAUUAUAUAUAUAUAUAUAUAUAUAUAUAUAUAUAUAUAUGUUUUUAAUGUUGAGAUUAAGCUUUAAUAAAUUACCUGAAUGUACUGAAGUGGAAAUGAGGUAGAUUUUUGUCAAAUUAUAUUCUUCUUUCAUACAAAUGUUGAGUAGUAUAACCACUGAUACUGCAAAAGCAGAAGAGGACACUGUCCGAGUGUUUUAUCACUAUCUCUGUGCUGCUGUGAAAGCAUCAGUGUUCAUACAGAGGAGACGUGUGAAAUUUAAUCUGACUACACGGCCAGGUCCAUUUUUGAAAUAAUGAAUACACUUAUACAUGAUCUACUCGACUUGUCAUCUAGAGCUCACUGCAGGUUAGUUUUCCACAUUCCAUAACUGCUGUUGACUGGCAGUCGUUCCCAAUGAUUCAGCGUCUUUUGCGACAAAGGCCUGGUGUUCCCUAGUAGAGGGCCAACAACAUGUCCCUGUGGAACACCACAGAAGACGUUCUUGUAAAUUGUUUUAAUAAACAUUAACUGAGUUAAAAACUCA